UGCCCCAGCCCCACACUCGGCAGCACUCCAGCACCCCAGCACCUGGCCCUCACUACAGAGAGGACCUCGUCAUGGCUUCCCUGGGACAGAUCAUCUUCUGGAGAAUGUGAGAUCAUUCAGAAAUGCAAUGCAGCCUGGUUUAUCUCAUAUGCCUGGUGUCUUCUGGGUGCUGCAGCAGACAGUAGUAGCUGGAGCAGAGACAGCUCUGUCUCUAUAUGUCUCAAAUAAGAAGAGCAAUAAAGUCAACCCAGGAGUGGUGAAAUCACACAUGUGUGAGGCCACUGUGCCACUGGAAAAAAAUGGCAGGAUAUUUAUCAAAAAGCAUCAUUAGCAUCAUCAUCAUUUUGGCUGGAGCAAUUGCACUCAUCAUUGGGUUUGGUAUCUCAGGGAGACAUGCCAUCACAGUCACUACUCUCACUUCAGCUGGGAACAUCGGGGAGGAUGGAAUCCUGAGCUGCACUUUUGAACCUGACAUCAAACUUUCUGACAUCGUGAUACAGUGGCUGAAGGAAGGUGUUAUAGGCCUGGUGCAUGAGUUCAAAGAAGGCAAAGAUGACCUGUCAGGCCAGAAUGAAAUGUUCAGAGGCCGGACGGCCGUGUUUACCGAUCAAGUGAUCGUUGGCAAUGCCUCUCUGAGGCUGAGAAAUGUGAGACUCACAGACGCUGGCACCUAUAAAUGUCACAUUAUCACUUCUAAAGGCAAGGGGAAUGCUAACCUUGAGUAUAAAACUGGAGCCUUCAGCAUCCCAGAGGUGAAUGUGGACUAUAAUGCCAGCUCAGAGAGUCUACGAUGUGAGGCACCUCGAUGGUUCCCCCAGCCUACAGUGGCCUGGGCAUCCCAAGUUGACCAGGGAGCCAACUUCUCAGAAGUCUCCAACACCAGCUUUGAACUGAACUCUGAGAAUGUGACCAUGAAGGUUGUAUCUGUUCUCUACAAUGUCACUAUCAACAACACAUAUUCCUGUAUGAUUGAGAAUGACAUUGCCAAAGCCACAGGGGACAUCAAAGUGACAGACUCAGAGAUUAAAAGGCGCAGUCAUCUACAACUGCUGAGCUCAGAGGCUUCUGCUUGUGUCUCCUCUCUCUUUGCCAUCAUCUGGGUGUUCCUGCCUCUACUCUCUCACCUGAUGCUAAAAUAAUGUGCCUCAACCAUAGAAACAUAUUAACUCAUUGGUAUGACAGAAAAGAAAAUAGGUCCUGACCUUCACAUGAAAGUUGUAUUUGGAGACUCAGCCCUCUGGGCAUGGGAAAUGAAAACAAGAGUAAAUAAAUAGGAUUACAUGAAACUAAAAAGCUUCUACACAUCAAAAGCAAAAGCACAAGAAUAACCAGGUAACCCAGUAAAUGGGAGAAGAUAUUUGCACUUCACAUAUCUGACAAGCGACUGCUAACAAACAUAUAUACAGAAUUGGCACAGAUCUACAGAAAAGAAGCAAAAAUAACCAAAUAAAAAGUGGGCCAAAGAACUAAACAGGCCAUUUUCUAAAGAAGAGAUACAUAUGUCCCACAGACAAAUGAAGAAAUGCUCCGCUUAACAGUAGAGAAAUGCAAAUUAAAACUACACUGAGAUACCACCUCACACCUGAAAGGAUAACUUAUGUUAACAAAUCAGGAAAUGCAAGUAUUAGAGAGGGAGAGGUUGGGGGGAAGCAACUCUGCUACACUGUUGAUGGGAAUACAAACUGGUACAGCCCCAUUGGAAGACUGUAUGGAGAGUCUUUAACCUAAUAAGAGUGGAAUUACCUUAUGACCCAGCUAUACCACUAUUGGGCAUUUAACCUAUGAACACUCAAACACUAAUUCGAAGGGACAUAUGCAUCCCUGUGGUCAUAGCUGCAUUAUUCACAAUAGCCAAAAUUUGGAAGCAGCCCAAAUGCCCAUCAACAGAUGACUGGCUAGAAAGUUAUGGGAGAUAUUUUCCAUGGAAUAUUACUCUGCAAUCCAAAAAGAUGACAUUGUGUCCUUUGGGACACAAUGGAUGGAAGUGAAAGUGAUUAUGCUUAGCGAAAUAAGCAGAAAGAUGAAAGACAACUACUGGAUGGUUUCACUCAUAUGUGGAAUCUAGAGAUUAUAUACACAUGAACUUGAAAACAAAAACAGAAACAAACAAGCAAACUGUUUCUGAGACUUGUGAGACCUAUGGUGGUUAUCUCUGGGAGGUGGGAGGGUGGAGAUACAGAACUUUGGUGGUGGGUGCGGUGUGGAACUAUACAUUGUAAUCUUACAAUCUUAUAAACCUACUAUAAUAACAAAUAAAAACAUUAAAAAAAUUAAAAAGAUAGCAGGUCCUGAAAGGUUAAGUAAAUUACAUAGGAUCACAACAAACGUGUUGUGCCAGAAUUCGAACUCAAUUCUAUCAUCACAAACCAUGUUGUUUUGAAAGAGUAUGGACAUAUGUAAAAGUGAUGUUAAUUUUCUAAAACAUUCUAGUAUUGACCUUUGUGUUGUCAUUACAUUUAUUAAAAUAUGACAAUUUA